AUGUCGAUUGAUCCAUCGAAACUGCCACCCGCGCAAUACGUGCCUGGCAGACAGUACGCCAUCGAACAUGCUGGUAGAAUUGACAAGGCGCCAUUCGUGAUCUCAACUGGACUCCUUUUUGGACUUGCCAUUCUUUCUGUAUUCGUGCGCUUCGCGAUUCGCAUCUUUGGAGGCCGAAAAAUACGAUGGGACGAUGGACUCGUCUUGGUGUCGUCGCUGUGCUUAACAGUAGCGUUCGCCUGCGUCCACAAGGCUCUUAAUCCUUUCUAUCUCGUCGAGGCCAUAAACCAAAGGAAGACAAUCCCAUUCCGAGAGGACAUUCCUGCGAUCUUGGACAUCCCCAAGUGGGCGUUCAUAUUCUCCAUCUUCGGAUGGAAUUCCAUUUAUCUAGUCAAAUUUGCUUUCAUGUACUUCUUCUAUGGGCUAACCACUGCAUUAUCCAUCAAAGUCAUACGGUUUUUCUGGAUCACCGUUGGCUUUCUUGUCAUUGCUUGGAUCUAUGCCGUAGUCAACUUUGUCGUCAUAUGUGCACACUUUGGUGCAGACGCAGCGGCGGCAUUCGGAACUGCACCGGUGUGGGCUGCGUAUUGGUUCAUGGUCGAAUCCUGCGUCGCGCUCAUAAUGGCGUCCGUCAUUGUUAUCCGCGGAGUCUUCAUCACCAACCCUGUCGAUGACGACCGACGAAAGCAGGAUAGUGUAUUCCAGCGAUUUGGGCACCGUAUACUGUCGGUGCUAAGGCUCUCCAGAUCCUCAAGAAGCAGCGGGCGGAGUCCCCAGCGAAGCGACGCGCUCCAGGGCAAGCACGAGGAUCCAAGCGCGCCGAGGAUCGCCACCCAGAGACCGCUAGGAGGAACAUUGAAUACCGUCAGGACUUUCAUCUGGGGUGGUAAGAGGCAAAGUCCACCUGCAUCGCAAGAUGAUCCGCUGGUGUCAGUAAACACAACCUCUGAUCUUGGGGAUAUGGACUACCACAACAUCCGGAAGGCAGAGGUGGCGAGACAUAAGCCAGAGAUGACCUUUGUUUGA